GCUUUUAGCAGAUCAAGUCGUCUCGAAUAGAAAAAGUUUAGCUGUCAAGCGGCGCGCCAAACGUUCGGGAAUAAACAAAUGGUUCUUUGACUUCGACAUAAUGUUGUUAGAAAAAAGAAAGAGAAAAAAGUUUUUAUAUCAUACUUUUUUUAGUUUAGAAGUUUGACAAAAAUGUUAAUAAGUGAUCGCUAGUUUACGAACAUCAAAUGUAAAGUGGCUUCGUCAAUUUUUAUGUAUGAUUUAUUUAAAUCCUCGGAUAAAUUUAAUUUUGCUCGUCGCGAUUAUUAUGGUGCUGUGCGGGGCGGUGGCGGGCACAGGCGACGCGAGCCGCGUGCGUCGCGCCCAACCGCAUCACCACCGUGUGCUUACGGACGACGAAUUGGACGCGACGGCGGCGUGGAAGCGGUCGCACUGGCGAGAGAUGCAAUCGAUACUGAGGAAGGAGGGGUCGCAGAAGGACGUGGUGGAGUGCUGUCCCUCCGUGCUGGAGAUGGUCGCCAAGAAGGGAGGCAGGACACCCACGGGGCUGUACGUGGAACUCUACGAGGACGGGGAAAACAAGCAACGCCUGUACGAGCUCUCCUGCGCGCCGGACGUGGCCGACAAGCCGUGCCGGUUCGUGGACGCCCGCCUCUACAACCAGUCGCGAUGUGUUCAGAAAUACUCGUAUUCGUACGCGCUGGUGCGCUACUCGUCCCCCACCGAGGUCCCUCAACACAGACCCGAAGGACACUUCUCCGUGCCGGGGUCGGGCGGGUGGUCCAUGGACUAUGUGAUCGUGCGAGCUGGCUGCGAGUGUCAGCUGGCCCCGAAACGAAGGACGCAUCGCAGGCGACUGGAGCGGCACAGGCAGAGGAAGAGGGCACGACACGACCGAGACGACGACGACUGACGACACGGGAACGACACGAUCACACAGACAGACUGCUGAAGUGGCGUGAAGUGUAACGAAGUGUCGUGACGUGUCGUGUAUUAUUGUGUCGUUAUUGUGUACUAUAGAAGCGGCUGGACCUGUGACUCUGUGCCUCAUCUCCUCGCGUGUGAGACGAUCUGGUUUAGAGAGAUUGUCUCUCAACACGCCGACACUGUUUACUCGUCUAAUACAAUCUAUUUGCGAAUUAUUUACAAAAUAUUAUUCAUACAAAAGUUAACGAACGAAUAUUUUAUAACGUAUUUUUAGGGUACAUUUUGACAAUAAUUUUAUAGAAACAAUACUGUUGACAAUAAAUUUAAAUUACAAAGGGCCCAAAACUAAGUGUGAAUACUAACAACGCGGCCUGAAGCUUCUGCACUGCGCAGUGACGUGUCAAUUAUUUAGUUGUAUUCUCUAUGAUACCUUUAUAUAAACAAACAGUUCAUCAAAACAGUCCUCAAGUUGAAAAGUCUUAAGAGAACAAUGCUGAGACAAAGUUUCCUUUACCAACGCUCUCUUACUUAAACAUUAAGAAUAUUUAUUCUAAAAUAACAAUUUGCUAUUUUUUGUUAUUGUAUGUACUUGUAGGUACUUCUCGGUAGAUGUAAGCGUCGAGUCAAAGAUCUGUAUUAUUUUCUAUUUUGUAAUACUUUUAUUGUAUUUAUAAUUAGCUCUUAAGGAUUUAUCCAUUUAUUUAUACUGUGUAAUACGAGGUAUUCCGAUAUUUGUAUGGAUAUUAGUGUAUGAAGAGAAUCGCCUCCAUACAUACAUGUAUAUAAUAUAACAAUAGUAUUACGGACUGAGAUUAUUUUGUGCAUUUAUGUGGAAAUGAAAUUUAAUCACAGAGAACUCUAUGUUCAGCGUAGAAAAUAAAAUUACUCAGCGCCAUCUAUCGCGGAGUAGCCAAGUGUUGUAUGGUAAGCCUAGAUGCGCUCAUAGAUGGUGCUGGCGGCAAUUUUAAUAAUGCUAGCAACUCACGUAACAGUGCCAUGUCUAUUUUUAUUUGUAAAAUAAUCAAAAUACCAGAUUUUAGAUUGUUAAAGUAUAAAAUAGCCUUAACACCGUUGUUUUAGUAGUACUUAUUGUAUUUAUUCUCUAAUUUUACUCAUACCAAAUUUAGUUCGAAAUUAAUUGUAACACUACUUAAAAUUAUCGCAUUACGUGUAAAAAUGUGAGUAAAAUAAAAUAUUGGUUAACAGUGACAGAAACAUCAGCGUCGAUGUAUAAAUAUUUGUUGACAUCAAAAAUAUAAUUUAAAUAAAAUAAAAAUAUUAAAACCA